AACCCUAAAAUAGGGGAAAGAAUGGCCUGGCGGCAAGUGAUGAAUCGCGCGGCGCCCUGGCGGAGCGGCGGGCAGAUUCUUGGGCGGCGCUGGGCGGCAUUGUGUGAGGAUCAUCAGGUGUGGAGGGCAGUGCAAGGGCGCCAAAGUCCAGACGCGCCGUGGAAUGCAAUGCAGGGGUUUGGAGCUCCAUCCGACGACCUAGCUCUGUUGAUUCCCGUGGGAUUGCCUUUGCCCUGGCCUGCAAACGGUCCAGCGCCAUGGUCAGCUCACGAUGAGGUGAAAUGCCCCGAGAUCUUGGAUGCCGACGAGAGCUCGAUGAUCAUGAUGCCCAAGAGGACUUAUCAGCCAAACAACAAGAAGCGGAAAAGGACUCAUGGAUUUCUCGUGAGGAUGAGGACUCCAGCGGGGAGACGGAUUAUCAGGCGUAGACGGGCCAAAGGAAGAUGGAGGCUAGCAGUGUAGCAGGCACAUUUGUAAGUUGACCAGUUCCAAACUAGUUUUGUGCUUUGCUUUCAAAGACUUGUUCGGCAAAAUUGAGCCCAACUUAAUGAGUUGAGCUCAAAGGCAAUGGUAGUCAACGGAAGUCUUUAUUGUCAUUGACUUCGUUUUGCAUUGACUAAAACUUUUUUGUCCAAAGCAUGCAUAAACCCUAAAAAAUUAAAGUUAAGCAAAAUAAGGAUAUGCCAAAGAAUUUAUAAUUAUUUGGAUCACAUGAAUCACUUGGUGGGACAGUUAGAGGGUGAGGGAUUAUCAUUCUUGGCACUCCUAAAAUUUCUUGACAGCCGACACUAGUAGAAAAAAAGUGUUCUUUCCCCUCUCAUGGAUCUCAAGAAAUUCUGGCUGCCAGUAUUCAUUGGAAUUCUCGUCUUCUCGCCCUGCGAUGCAGCGAAUUCGCGGAAUUCGAGCGCCAAAAACUGGAGCAAAUCCCUGGACGCCACAUUUCCAGAGCAGCUCCGGCGAGGAUUGAGAUCAUGCGCCACAGUCGCCAGCCCGGGCGAGGGCGGCGUGUGCAAAAUCCUCGCGGCCAUGGACGAGCAGCUCAAAAUCCUGGCCGCGCCCAAGAAUCGCGAUCCUCCUCCAAGGAAUUCUUGCAAAUUCAAGAGUGAGAAUGGAGCAUCGCUUCAUAGGUACGCGACGGAUCGAUCGCCGGCGCUCCAGGCGCUGCUCGAUCGCUACUCGACAAUGCACAGCGCCUGCGUCGCGCGCGACCACGACAAUCUCCACCACAUCAUCGCCAAGAACACCGCCAAGAUCACGAAUCCCAGCCAGUGCCGCUACAUCGUGUGGAGCUGUACCUUCGGCCUGGGCAACAAGCUCAUGUCCCUCGUCUCCACAUUCCUCUACGCGAUCCUCUCCCAGCGGGUCCUCCUCCUCGAAGAAUCUCCCUCCUGGGAUCGCCUCUUCUGCGAGCCCUUCAUCGAUUCACACUGGAAGCUCCCGCGCGGCCUCUCCCUCAAGGACGAUCAAUCCAUCUCUUUCCCGGAUUUCUAUGCGCGCUGCCGCGGCCACCUCUCUCGAUCCGACGUGUGCCGCUCCCAGCCCGUCCUCCCGAUCGUCUUCUCCGCCAACACCAAGCCGGAAGAACACCGAUUCCUCGUCUGCCCGUCCGCCAUGGCAUCGGUCAGGAACAUCCCAGUCUUGAAUUUCCGGAACAGCAACCAGUACUUCGCGGCGGGAUUCUUCCUCAAUCCAUCCCUGCGCCCAAUCCUCGAGGCGAUCUUCCCGGAGCGCCGUGUCUUCCACAAUCUAGCCGGCUUCCUGCUCAACCCUAGCGACGAGGUCUGGGGAUCCAUCCAGUCGCUCCACAGCGUGAAAUUCCGAGGCGCAUCGAGAAGAAUCGCGGUCCAGCUCCGCGAAUCCAAGGGCGACUACCGCGACUACUACGACGCAUCGGUGCCGCGCUGCAUUCGAUCCAAAUCCGGCCUCUGCCCGAUCGAGAUCGACGAGUUCCUGGAAUCCAAGAACAAAUCCAUCGCCAGCGACGAUUACAUCGCGGUCUACGUCGCGUCCCUGGUGGGCGAGCACGCCGCCAAGCUCAACGCGAGCCUGCGCGACGUGGAGUCCCAGACGGGGCAGAGAUUCGAGCUCGUGACGCUGGGUGCUGACGAGGAGCAGCGCGAUGACGUGGACCACCAGCAGAGGGCCCUCGUGGACAUUUGGUCGCUGAGCCUUGCUGACGUGUUGCUGACGAGUCACAUGUCCACGUUUGGCUAUACGGCCCAGGGCCUGGCGGGAUUAACUCCGUACUUCCUCAAGCCUUGGCGGGAUGAUCCUUGCUGGCCCAGCGUUUCCAGUGAUCCUUGCUUCCACUUUGCGCCAUCGAAGAAGCUGUCGUGCCGGGAGGAUGGAUUUAGCUUGAGUGCGAGAGAGAGUGGUGGCGGCGCCAUGGCUUGCCCGGAUCUCCCAGAUACUGGGAUGCAAUUGUUAGAGCCGUGAGUGAAUCGAAGAACUUCAAUCCAGGCAA